GAGCUGAGCGGGUGGAGAUAGCGGGUGGAGCUGAGCUGAGCGCGGAGCUCGAUCUCGCCGCGCUGAGCUCGUUGACACGGUAGCGUGCACACACCAGAGCUAGAGAGAUGAUCGAGUGAGCGCGUAGAGGCGGUGUUGAUUCUAGAUUGUUCUAGAACCACACAAGCAGGCUAGCUCGAUCGCCUCAUGCAGGAGUUCCAGUCCAUCCCGGGGCUCGCCGGGCGGCUGUUCGGCGGGGCAGCGGCGGCUGACCUCCGGCGAGCGCAGGCGCAGCAGGGCCCGGCUUCGAGGUGCGGCGGGAUACCGUCACCGGAGGCAGUGAAGUGCCCGCGGUGCGAGUCGACCAACACCAAGUUCUGUUACUACAACAACUACAACCUGUCGCAGCCGCGCCACUUCUGCAAGAGCUGCCGCCGGUACUGGACCAAGGGCGGCGUCCUCCGCAACGUCCCCGUCGGCGGCGGCUGCCGCAAGUCCAAGCGAAGCAGCAGCUCGUCUUCUGCUCCCUCGGCCCCGUCGACGCCAACGGCAACUGACAACGCCAAGAACCAGCGGCGGGCCUCGGCGUCGUCCCCUCGAUCCAGUAGCGGUGGCAGCGGCAACACGAGCCCCUCGGCCGCCGCCGCCGCCGCCAACGCGGCCACGACUCCGACGACUCCGGCCACGCCGUCGUCCAACACCAUCUCCGUCAUAAACCACGCGACGAACCCUUUCCCGACGGACGUGCCUCCUCCGGCGCCGAUAUUCGCCGACCAGGCAGCAGCGCUGGCGUCUCUGUUCGCCCCUCCUCCGCCGCCGCCUCUCCCGGUGUUCAGCUUCACAGCGCAGCCGAAGACCGAGGAGGGAAUCGCCUCCGUUCUGCUCGCCGGACAGACGGACCCAGUAGCGCCCGCCGUCGCUGACAUGACGCCGUUCACGUCUCUGGACUCGGGGAUCUUCGAGCUCGGCGACGUGCCGCCGCCGGCGUACUGGAACGCCGGGAGCUGCUGGACGGACGUCCCGGACCCGACCGUCUACCUACCCUAGCUCAGCCGGUGUAGUUACUCAUCGCGAUCACCUUGAUUAAGCUGUGGUUAAACGCUUCUUAAGGACGACCACUAGCUACUAGUAUGUCUCUUUCUUACCACAUCCAUCUACUCUACUCUAUUGUACUCCCUGUAAGGUUUUUUUUCCCCCCUCGUCUUCUCUGGCUUCACCUGCACUGCUGCUGCACAGGUGUGUGUAACUGUCCAAGAAAGCUAACAUUUGUGUAUCUACUGCAUGCGUGAAAUCUGAAUUGAAUCGAGCAUUGUUGUAAACAG